AUGCAUGAAAUCUGUUCUACCCAACCGUUCCCUUGUUCGUCGUUCAUUGCAGCGCACCGACGUGGCGCGUGGCUUGCACGUGCUGCGGGUGAAUCAGAUGGAUGCGUUGCGAUUGGACGACGAAAUGCGGCUGAUGCUCAAGGAGCAGCUCAUGCGGGUCUUCGCUCUCGUGCCGGUACGUUACCUCCUCCUCCCUGCUCGGCCCACCUCCGUUCCUCUCCCACCGCCCCACCGCCCCUCACUCCUAAUGCAUUCUUCCUUUCACCCCAUAUUCCGAGUAUGCACCCCCUUCCCACCCCCUUCCCCUCAACGCGCCUCCCCUCUCCCCGCACGCCCCGUGUCCCCCCCGUCCCCUCGCUUCCCCCUGCUCCUCCGCUCUGUCCCGCCCUCAUACCCCUAUCCCCUAUCCCUACCCCAUCACCCUGGCCUGCCGCGUACCCUCCGCCCUGCCCGUCCGCCCGUGCAUGGCAGGCGGCGUGGGUGGCGAGGUGUGAGGCGGAGCUAGAGCUGCUGCUGGACGUGCUCGUGUGGCGCUUCUCCCUCUGGGCCGACCGCCCCCUGCCCGGCUGCGCGCUCAUGAACCUCCGCUUCAGAGACGAGCGCGCACCACGCGCGGGGAUGGGCGUGGGGGCGGGAGCGGCUGCACCGCCUGCAAUAGCAGGUGGGAUGCUUUGCCCUGUGUGGGCAGGAAUGACGUGGCGUGUCUUGCGCUUUCCGCCUUGCUUUGACGUGUUCCCAGGCACAUGCACUCUUCCCUUGUCCACUCUCCCUCACUCUCCCCCUCUCAUUCCCCCCACCCUCUCCUUCUCUUCCCCGCUCUACCCCACCGUCCCCCACCCUCCCCCAUCUGUCCCUCACGUCCCCCUGCGUGGCCACGUGGCAGUGCGGACGGGGGUGGAGGGGCCGGGGCUGACGGUGGGGCAGAAGGUGCUGUGGUUGGUGCUCACAGGGGGGCUCAAGUACGUGUGGGCGCGCCUGCACUCCACGCGUUGGCUGCUGCCCGUGCACGCACACAUGCCGCACAACGCCUAUGCAAGGCAGGGCCCAGGGAGCGAGGCGCUUCAACGACAGCAGGCAUCAUGGCGCCACUGGCUGUGGCGACUGCUGCAUCGGGCAGAGGGUGCAGUGAAACUGGCGUCACUGCUUAACCUCAUUGUCUUUCUUCAUUCCGCCAAGUUCCGCACGCUGCCGGAGCGGCUGCUGGGCAUAAGGGCGGUGUAUGCCAAGCCACACAUGGCGCGGGCUGUCAGCUUUGAGUACAUGAAUCGCCAGCUCGUGUGGAACGAGUUCUCGGAGCUGCUGCUGCUGGUGCUUCCCUUGAUCAGCGUGUCGGCAAUCAAGCAAACCUUUACCUCCCUCUUCCGCCUCCCGUCUUCUGCAUCCCCCACCGCUGGCGAUGGGUGCCCUGUAUGCUCUGCACAGCCCAUCCUCAUGCCAUAUCGUGCACUACCGCGCCUCCCCGUCCCCCUACAGCGCGCGCAUUCGUCGCCUUCCGGGGAGCGUUCCGCCGCACGCGCGCGCACACGGGCCGUAUGGAGCGUCAGCAGGCAGGCGGACAGACGGACGCGUGUCGCAUGCCGUGCAGCAGAGAGCGGUGACGUGGCGCCUGCUGAUUGGGUGAACACGGCAGGGACGCACAAGCGGCCCCAGCAGGUCUUCUACUCCAAAAAGGGUGAGAAGUUUCUGUUUCAAACUGGCGAGAGGAUGGACCUGCUGGAGUUACCCGAGGGUACAAGAGUGGUGUACCCUGGGCUGUGCAAGGAUGGCGAAUCCAACCCCAACAAGAUGCGUGCCAUGAUACGGCACGCUCUGGACAACCCCGUGGGGCAGCCGCCGCUAAAGGAAAGACUGCAGCAGAUCAAGCAGGCCAAUCCCAACCCCAAGAUCCUGAUGGCGUUUGACGACGUGAGCGUGCCGCUGCCGCCCAUGCGCAGCCCAGACAUACGGCAGAUGAUCUUGGAAGAAGCGGAGCGCGACUGCAUGGCGUUGGGCAUCACGGAUAUCCACUUUGUGUGCUCCAUCGCUCUGCACCGCUAUAUCCGAGCAGACGAGUUUAAACACAUCUGCGGGGGGUACCUGUACGGAAAGUACUACCCGCAGCGGAUGGGGAAUUACAAUGCGGUUGAUAUGGACGAGACUGUGGAUAUCGGUGUGACGCGCCAUGGGGAGGCCGUGCAGAUCAACCGGCACUUUGCGGAGGCGGAUCUGGUGGUGUACGCGAAUGUGAACUACGUGAGCAUGGACGGCGGGUACAAGUCGUACGCCACUGGCCUGGUGCAUUACAAGUGUCUGCGCCACAACCAUGACUCCAAGACACUGCGCAACACCAAGUCGCUGUUUGACCCGACGCGCAGCGCCCUGCACAAGUCGUUCCACCGCGUUGGGCGCAUGAUGCAGAAGCACACAGACGUGUUCCACGUUGAGACUGUCAUCGAUGACCAGCUGUUCCCGUUCUACACAACCUUUGUGUCGGAGCUAGUGCGCAACAUGAACCCGCUGCACAAGAUCUUCAUGCAUUCCACUAUUCUGCUGCUCAAGCUGCUGCCGCUGUGGCUGUGCGUCAAGAUUUUCUGGUUCAUGCGAGCCCCGUUCGGCCUGCUGCAGGUGACAGCAGGGGAGACCCAGGCGGUGCAUGAGAGGACACUGGCAGCCAUCUACCGGGACAAAGUCAUGGACGUGCAAGGCCAGGCGGACAUACUCAUUAUGGCGCCCAGUGCGUUGGGGCCCUACACCAAAGACAUGUUCCUCAACCCCCUGCUCGUGAACACUUACGCGCUGGGAUACUAUUACAACAUGUAUGUGGAUGGUGUGCCUCUACUCAAGGAGGGCGGCUGUGUGAUAAUGGUGAACGAGAUGAACUACGCGUGGUCCUCCCCCGCACACGACGCGUACCGGCGCCUCUUUGAGGAGGUGCUGGCAAUCGCACCAGGGCUGGACGAGUUUGAGCGCUACCAGCAGCAGUUUGUGGAGGACGAGCGGCUGAAUGACAUAUACCGCCAGGGCCUGGGGCCUGCUGCCGUGCAUGGGUUCUAUAUGUACACGUGGGCUGCUCAUGGCAUGGACAAGGUGGGCAAGGUGUAUGUAGUGGGUGCUGUGGACCCGCGGGGCCCUGCAGUGCUGCACUGGGAGAUGGCAGACACCAUACAGGAUGCUGUGGACCAGGCGCGGUUGUUCCUGGGCAACAGCAAAGCGACGGUGACAUAUCUGAGGUGCCCCCCCGUGGGGUAUGUGCGCGUGCACACGGAGGGGCAGGAGGGGGGCAGUGGUGGCCAGCAGGCGCAAGAAGAGGCAGCGCAGGCAGUGGGCACGCACCAGUGA